AGCACCAUGGGUCGCGUGAUCCGGGGGCAGCGCAAAGGCGCCGGGUCCGUGUUCCGCGCCCACGUGAAGCACCGUAAGGGUCCGGCCAAGCUGCGGGCCGUAGACUUCGCCGAACGCCACGGCUACAUCAAGGGCAUCGUCAAGGACAUCAUCCAUGAUCCUGGCAGAGGUGCUCCCCUUGCCAAGAUAGUGUUCCGUGAUCCAUACAGGUUCAAGAAAAGGACGGAACUGUUCAUCGCAGCUGAGGGUAUCCAUACAGGUCAAUUUGUUUAUUGUGGCAAGAAAGCUCAGCUUAACAUUGGCAAUGUCCUGCCUGUUGGCACCAUGCCAGAAGGCACCAUUGUUUGCUGCCUUGAAGAGAAACCUGGUGACCGUGGUAAGCUGGCCCGUGCUUCUGGAAACUAUGCCACAGUUAUCUCUCACAAUCCUGAAACCAAGAAAACCAGAGUGAAGCUGCCUUCAGGUUCCAAGAAGGUGAUCUCUUCUGCAAACAGAGCUGUUGUGGGCAUUGUUGCUGGUGGAGGUCGUAUUGACAAACCUAUCUUAAAGGCUGGUCGUGCCUACCAUAAAUAUAAGGCUAAGCGGAACUGCUGGCCCCGUGUUCGUGGUGUGGCUAUGAACCCUGUAGAACAUCCUUUUGGUGGUGGUAACCAUCAGCACAUUGGUAAGCCAUCAACCAUCAGGAGAGAUGCUCCAGCUGGGCGUAAGGUUGGCCUUAUUGCUGCCCGUCGUACUGGAAGACUGCGUGGAACAAAGACUGUGCAGGAGAAAGAGAACUAAUGUCUUUGACUGCACAUCUUGCACAAUAAAAUUUUUUAAAAAUG